GCCUAGCCACUUUUGCGUGUGCUCCUCACAGACCGAAAAUUUGCCUGAACUUUUGUGUCUUGCUAGGUUCGACCUCCCCUCUUUUUCAACCACCAACGAGCACAAAUCUGCCGCCAAUCCCACCAGAUUUCAUCAUUCAACCGAAAGCUCGUUGUCUCGACAUCGAAUAAUCAGUCAAGAUGGUUCUCGCCGUUGAUCUCCUCAACCCCAGCCCGGCUUCCGAGGCCCGCAAGCACAAGCUCAAGACCCUUGUGCCUGCCCCCCGCUCCUUCUUCAUGGACGUCAAGUGCCCCGGCUGCUUCACCAUCACCACUGUCUUCUCCCACGCCCAGACCGUCGUCAUCUGCCAGGGCUGCACCACUGUCCUUUGCCAGCCCACCGGUGGUAAGGCUCGCCUCACCGAGGGCUGCUCUUUCCGCCGCAAGUAGACGGAUCGAGGGUCGGUUCUUUUCUUCAGCAUAACGGCGUGGUAAUGGGGACAUCUUGGUAUCUGCAAGGCUUCUGCCAGUCGGGCGCAUAGAAAUAUCAUACUCGAUCGUCAAUCAAUCUCGUUGCGGACAGAAGAUGGAUUCGCCAGAAGAUGUACCUCGCGCGCACAACAGAAUUGGGAGGGCGUUUAGGGGUCCGGAUAUCUUGCAUCAUCCUCGUCUUUCUCGAUCUUUGCGCGCGUUUUCUGCUGGUGUCUUGACGUGCAGGCCGGUUAGCCUGCUUGGGUGGAUAGUCGGAAAAGGCACAUGUUUCAUGAUUGCCCCGACUUACGUGCCAUGGGCGGAUGGCAUUUGACAAGCCGCGAUGCGGAUUGCUUUGGUUGUUUCCAUACCUAGCGCAGUGGACAGGCUAUGGGGAGGACACUGCUCCGGCACGAAUCUACGAGAAUCCACGACACGUGUCGUACCAUAUUCUGUUGUGACGUAUUGUGUUACCUCUGUUCUGAGCCGGUGUAUGUCCCGUUUAUGCCUUUCAUGUUGUCUUUGACGAAAUAAUGCGUAGUUGUAUAGGGUCAAAUAGCGGUCUGGAAAGUAGGUUGGGGACGUGUUUACAGUGAUGUCUCUACUAAGGCUGUGAAUUACGACAAUACUACUCGCAGCUCUGCUAUACAGUCGAAAUCGACGGUAAAUCUUGUUCAGGCCCACGAGCUAGCCCGUCACAAGUGUCCAUUAUGCUGCUGGUUCCCGCACCGCAAUGUUAUCUGGCAUUAUAAGCUUCAGUCAUUGCUUCACCAACAAGGUUUUUCAAAGCACAACUAUCAACGGCUCAAGCUACACUAAGAGUCGAGGCACAAAUGGCCACCAUGAA